GUCGACCACCUACUUUCUUCGAAUUAUUGCUACAGAAACACGCUCCGGCCGGCCCACGAGACGACUCUCUCUCUCUAUCUCUUCUUUUUCUUUUUAGGCCUUUUCUCUGGUUUAAAACUACUAAUGCAACCCAUUCAAGGGUCACAAAGUCACCAUUCUCACUGCCGUUGACCACCAUCUCCGGCCAUCCACCUUCUCACCAGUACACUACUCCCACCUUCAUGAGUGGAACAUCGUGAACAGCUCCAACCAACCCACCACCGUCAUACUCUGGGUGCUCGUAGAUCAGGGAAUAAAAAAAAACCACUUCUCAUUCAGAAGCGGGAAAGGACAGAUGAAUUAAGCGCUCAUCGAGAUCUUUAUAGAAAAUAAAAGCAUUUCCAAAAAUUCAAAGCCAUGAACACAGGGAAUCGACUAAGUAGAGGUAAGCGAUCUAUUGAAUGAAGGGCAGGGUGGUCGAAGAUCAGGAACGGCUUGUUUUGUGCGUGCCAAUCACGUGUGGCGAUUCAGCCGGUAGAGAAGGUCAGGUUGGAGCUUUUGCUAAUACCGAUGAGCGAGGAGCUGGGCACAAGGAGUUACAAUAGUGAGGCACUAGGAUUGGAAUGAAAUGAAGAAUUAGUUCCAGGAGAGCAAAAACCAGGCCAAUCCGUUGUAGUUGAGCUUCACUCAAGUUCUUAGUGUGCACAACCAGCCAACAAUGCUAAUCACAUUUGCUAGCAGUAUGAUUUUUAUGGAGAAGAGGUCAGUAAUCCAGGUUUUUCCAGAAAGUGUGCGCAAACUUUGGAAUGAGUGGGAGCUCCGCGUGAUGGUUCUACUCAGCGUCUCCCUGCAGAUUGUCCUCAUCCUCUUCAGCAAGCGACGAAAGUAUACAACCACGCCCUGGAUCAGAAUCCUGAUUUGGUCGGCAUACCUGUCAGCAGAUUGGGUGGCAACGGUAUCCCUGGGUACCCUCUCCAGCAGCCAAGGAGAUUCGGAUGGUAAAUUUCUGGAUCCGAACUACACCCUCAUGGCAUUUUGGGCACCAUUUCUUCUCCUACACCUUGGUGGCCCGGAUACCAUCACUGCUUACUCCUUGGAAGACAAUGAGUUGUGGUUAAGGCACUUGCUUGGACUAGUUGUUCAAGUUGGAGUGGCUUUUUAUGUGUUUCUGAGGUCAUGGGCAGGAACUCGACUCACAUUUCUGUCCAUUCCAAUGUUUGUUGCUGGAAUUAUCAAGUAUGGAGAGAGGACUUGGGUUCUCAUGUCUGCAAGCAACAAUCACUUGAGAGAGUCUUUGCUUCCAUCUCCCGAUCCUGGACCGGAUUAUGUUGAAAUCAUGAGAGGAGAUACAGUGACUGUGUUUCACAAAGAUAAGGGCGACAUCACUAGUCCUGAUGGAAAAUAUAUUGAUGAAGCUUACCCCUUAUUUGAUAAAGCUUACUCCUUAUUCAAGAAGCAAUUCCGGCAUCUAUAUGCAGACCUCAUCCUCAGCUUUAGUGACAGAAAAAUCAGUGAGCCCAUCAUCAGGCACCUGUCACCCGAAGAGGCCUUCCAAGUGGUAGAGAUGGAAAUCAGUUUUAUGUAUGAUGUGCUCUACACCAAGGCAACUGUGGUUUAUUCUCUCCUAGGCAUUCUUCUCCGCACUGCCAGCUUCUUCUCCACUAUUUCUACCUUAGUGGCCUUCUGCUCCUUCAUCGAUAAGCAUGAGUUCUCAAACAUGGACAUCAACAUUACUUACUUAUUACUCUUAGGAGCUAUUUUUCUAGAGAUUUAUGCCAUCAUUAUGCUGAUUUUGUCUGACUGGAGCAUCGUCUGGUUUAGCGGUAAGAAGAACUCCCUCUAUGUCUUCUUACUUAUUAGUUAAAAUGUUUAAA